AUUAUGGUAUACCAGCAAAGGCUUAGACAACUCAAUGCCAUGGAAUGUGAGACCCAAACGAGUGUUUGAAUUGCAAAGUCAUUGAACAGACAUUUGUUUCAAUUGUCACUUCAAUUGGUCUCACGUUGUAAUCGUCUCUUUGAUUGUCUCACUGUUUGCCACCAAUUAAUCGCAAUGUCUUUGGCGGGAGUGUGUCCGGAGCUACCGAUCGCUGGCUUUUCAUUUGAAAACUAUCAGAGGAAUGAGAUGUUGUGCGCGAAGGGCUUCCCAUUGCCUAAAGUGACCAAAACCGGGACCACAAUCGCGGGCAUUGUCUUCGGCGAUGGCGUGAUCUUAGGCGCGGACACGAGAGCGACGUCCGACACAAUCAUCGCCGACAAGAACUGCGAGAAAAUCCAUUACUUGGCGGCGAAUAUGUAUUGUUGUGGCGCCGGAACCGCUGCCGACACUGAAAUGGUUACGCGAAUGAUAUCAUCGCAGCUGGAGUUGCAUCGACUCAACACCGGAAACACUGUUCCCGUUGUGGCCGCCAAUCGACUCCUCAAACAAUACCUCUUCAGGUCUGAA